AUGGAUUCCGAUCGUGAAGUUGUAGUCAGCGGGCCAAGGUCUAUGGCGAUGUCUGAGGCCCCCGAAAGCACUACCGAACGCACCCGGUUUGCCCGAUUAAAUCCAGAAAUUGAACAAGACAUUGCCGAUAGGUUAUUCUCAACAUUUGUUGACAUUUAUGGAUUGACAGGCAUGCAGAAAUUUAAUAACCAGCUGGAAACAAUUUUGGGACGUCUAUUCCAAGCAUAUGGUGAAUACGGUGUGGAUCUAUGGCAAGACGCAAUUGAAAGGCUUGGGGACCCAACACAAGCAAAACGCGUAAAACGUGUUGGGAUAGCCCAACCGGCUGUGUACGACGAACUCAUGAGACUUGCUUACAGUCUGCGGUACCCAAACGAGUAUGCUGGGAACUCUCUUGAUGAAAUUUUUGAAGCACUUAAGCUCCCCAUCCCUCCGGCCAACACCUUGAACAAUCAUUCCAAGGAGAGCCUGGACUUUGAAUGGUCUGCUAAAUACGCCCAGCAAGGCUUCCAAUCAGAUUAUUUGAACUCUGAUAAUAUACUAGAUCCGGUCCUAGAAACACUGCGAGAAAACGCAACAAACUGGGCGCGGGAUGACUACAAGGCUCCUUUUACGGCUGUCAUUGGCCCUACCAUGAGUGGUAAAACGCGGCUUAUCAUGGAGUUAGCGAAAAAAGUGCCGGUUGUAUAUAUCUGUCUUCGACCGGAGGAGUCCACUGGCCUGCCAUCCCGAUCAAAACUUGCCGACUACCUCCUCCCUGAAAAGCGUCCCACAGACCUGAAGCUACAUUACACAAAUGUUUUGAUUGCCAUUUUUCAGGCAGUGGCUGACUAUUUUAAGAGUCCAGAGAUCGUCAAGCGGGACCAAGAAAGUCAACUGACUUCCUGGUAUGAGCACAGUUUUCCAACCGAUGGAAAAACCGACACAGGAGAAUUUGCUGCCCAGGUUCAGGUCAAAAUGGACACGCUGCAGAAACUGGACGGCAACAAAGGAUUCCCAGCUCUCAAGCGGGCUUUGGCCGACUAUUCGGAGUUACGCAUAACUCAAGAUGACCGCCUCAAGAUAAUACUGGCAAUUGACGAGGCCAGGAGCAUGCUCAAACUGAAAGACGGAUCUGAAGACUCACCUUUCUGUGUCUUCCGCCGGGUUUUAUCUCAAAUACCUUCAGCACAUGGAUUCUUUGCACUCUUCACCGAUACCACCUCUCGUGUGGCCAAUUUCUGUCCAUCGCUAAAAUACGAUCAAAGCGCAAGGCUACACGACCUGGGUUGGGAUCUAUUUGCGCCGAUAUAUCAGCUUCAAACGCUUGACUUGUUCGCCUAUAAGCCCAAGACUUGGAAAGAAUUCGUAUCACCCACUCGCCUCAUGAGUUAUGGUGCUCCAUUCUACGGCCCAUACUUUCGGCAAGCGGAAAUGGAAUUGGGGACCAUAGCUGCUAUCAGUCAAGUCAUAAUGAUAGCGCAGAAAAAACUUCUUUUAACCAAGUCCCCCGAUAAUAUGUCCCAAACCCAAAUCUUUGCGUUACUCGGCCCGAUAAUACAACCACCGUUGUACACAGCCUGGGAUCUCAACGCCGAGCUGCUUUCUAGCCAUGCAGCGCACUGCAUGUACAUCAGCCCCGCACGAGACAGGGUGGUCUGCCAAUACCCGUCACAACCUAUCUACGCAACUGCGGCUCACCGGUUUCUAGCAUCAGAUGAUAAAAAAUGGGUCACAUGUAUCAACGGCUUGACGCUCGGAGUGCUGCAAGGACUUGUUAGUAUUGGAGACGCCGGGGAAUUGGCUACGAAUCUGAUAUUGAUGCGGGCAAUCAAUCAAACUAUGGAAAAGGUGGCAGAUAAGUCUACAAAACGGAAGAACUUGCCAGAUACAGAGGAUUCGAUCUUGUGCGAUGAAAAGAGAAAUUUGAUUCCGUAUGGACAUCCGGUCCGAUUGAAAGAUUUCCUCGAAGUGCUAACUGGUAAGGAAGCCGACCAAAUCGACCUCGGCUCAACAAAAGACGAACUUGAGAUGAAAAACAAGCUCCUCAAUGAAGGGAUAAUAUUUUUCAACCAUCUUAUUCUGAUCAAAUAUACGCCUAAUGCCAAUGAUUUCUUGGAGUAUUUGCACAGAGGAGUAGCUGUCCAAUGCAAGCCCAGACAGCCAGGCUUUGAUCAACUAUUUACAAUCUAUCUCAAACCGAAUUCAGAUACCUCCAAUACCUCUAGUCUCGAUGUGAAAAAUGUCUCCUUUUGUGGUAUUCAAGUCAAGAACCACGAAGGAAGUAUUAAGUGGGCCGAAAGUUCCAAGUGGACAACACAAUAUGCCAACAUCAAGGACAUCAAGAACCCUUACCUGGUUAUCCUGUUCAACUUGAGCGGAAACAUCCCACGGAGGCCGAAGGUCGUAAAGCAAAACGAUCGGAAACGUGUAUUGCUCCAAAUCCAUGGCCUGGGAAAUAUCGGUUGCCUGACCACCGAGAUAGCUAGUGCCUUGGACGAAUUGAAAAACACGGAAGCAGACCUGCUUCGAAUGCAUAAGAAAGAUGACCAACUGCAAAACUUUCUCAAAAUAAUCAAUCCACAUGCCUAUCGGACAAACACCGCGUAG